AGUCAAACAGCUUGUAGCAGUAGACUGCGUCGGAGGCGCACACCUCACUCUCACUCGCUCCACAUAUUAUCGCUUUACAUGUGCCAAGGAUUGUGAUUUUUUUUUUUUUAGCUAUUCCGUAAUAUCGAUGAAAUUUUGUCUUGAUUGUUGAUUUGUCGUUCAGUUCUCGCUGCAUCAUGUAAGUAUCGCGUUCUCAGGAGCCUGUUAAGGUAUUUGGUUCUUCAGUGUUGGAGCUGAAGGCCGCUUGAAGGUGCACCACAACCUCAGGAACUUUGUGUUCUCCACCUUCUCUACUAGCACGAGACUUUAAAUCCCAGGAUGCCGGGAGAAGCAGUGAAAGUGACGCUGGUGGUGUUGGUUGCAGCGACCUGUACCACACUGUGUGCUGCUCAGGCCAACACCUGCUUCCCCGGGGAGCAAAACACAAGAUCCACAAGCAUCACCCGCAGCGUAGAAUCCUUCGGUCUGUCGCUCUUCACCUUUCUUGCUUCUAGCAGUCCUCAGCAGAGCAUCUUUGUCUCCCCGUAUAGCCUGUGGAGUGCUCUGGCUCUGGCAUACUUUGGCGCUGAAGGCAACACAAAGAAGGAGCUGGAACAAGCGCUAGGCGUAAACUCCAAGACCGGCACCUUCUUUGGAUACGGCGCCCUCAAGCUCCUAUUGGAGACUAACCCCAGCGGCUCCCCAGGGACCAACUUCAGAAGUAGCAACAAGGCCUACUUCGCGAACUGGCUGGUAUUGGACAGGUGCCUCUCCACUAUCAUAACUGAUGGUCUGAAACAGGUUGACUUCAGGGAUGCAGAAUCAGCUCGGCAACUCAUCAACCACGACGUCAACAUCACCACUGAAGGCAGGAUCCCCAACCUAAUACAAGACCUGCCGCCAUCCACACGGUUUGCUCUCAUAAACGCUGUCUUCUUCAAGGGACUAUGGGAGACGGCCUUCCAACCCAAGUUGACUCGCCGACAGGAGUUCCUGGUGCCACCUGGACAGUCUCCCGGGGUGGUAAAGAUGAUGGUGCAGGAGGGAACGUUCAAGCACGGAGUAUCUGAGAGCUUAGGAGCAGAGGUUCUCGAGCUCCCAUACCUCAACUCUAAUUUCUCCAUGUUCCUGUUUGUGCCCACCGCGUUUAGCACAGAGUCCAUUCUCAAGAACCUCACACCGCAGACCUUCAUUGAAACUUACAAGCUCAUGACCCCGAAGAAGGUUGAAGUCGGUCUGCCAAGGUUUAAAAUGGAGACGAGGCUAGAGAAAGAACUCAUUGCUUUGUUGUACCGGAUGGGUGUAAGGGACCUGUUUGAUGAAUCUAAGGCCAACCUGACAGAUUUCACAAGGUCUGCGACACUCUUCGUAGACACAAUCAUCCACCAAGCUACUGUAGAGGUCACUGAGGAAGGCACCGUAGCUGCCGCUGCCACAGCACUGAUCAACACACGAUUUGGGGGACCUGAACCUAUCAAGUUCAUGUGUAACCGACCAUUCGUCUACACAAUUACGGACAAAGCUAGUGCCAUCACACUCUUUGCUGGUCACGUUGUCAACUCUGCACACCUCAAGAACAUUUAAUGUUCCCCUCAUUUUAUUCACAGUAGUGAUGCAUACACAGCAGUGGUAUAAAUGCACCCAUACCUCAGCUCUCUUCCUAUCACUUCUCCCCAUCCCACCCUUGAGAUAAACUUUGGAGCUCCAGAAGAUGGUAUUGUAUAUAGAAGAGACAAAUUAGGAAAACCAAAUAAAGAAAAAUGCAGAAAGGGCAAGUUAAAAUUAAUGUCUAGCUUUGAAAUACUGUACUGUACAUCCAACAAAAUGUAUAUGUAAUUUGUCAGUAAGUGUACUGUGGGCAAAUGCAAAGAAGAGUACUUCUAAUGAGGUUUACAGCAGUGUACCUUGUCAGUAAAUGUAUUGUCAACAUGUGAUACUACUUACCAUUGUAAACCUGCAUCGUAUACUAUAGCAGUUUUCAACUGUAUGGAUGAGCACUAAAGAAUUUUAAUGUCUUUCAACUUUUUACCACGAUAGCACACAUAGAAUAUCAUCCUCUCCUCUCUAUAGUUGGCUUGUUCUGCCAUCUCUUCACACCAAGUAGCUAACAGGGAUUAUAGUAGAAGAAAUCUAAAUCUACAAUCAAUUUUUUCUCUCCAAAACAUUAUCAAUGCAUUUUAAUAAAACAAAAUUGUAUACACACAAUUUGGGGCAAGUUAGACACAGAUAUGCACUCGCACACUCAUUGUCUGAUUUUUUUGGGGGUUAUCCUAGGUAAUUUAUAUAUAAUUGUACUUGUAUGUACCUGUACCUAAAUAAACUUGUGCAGAUCUGUAUGAUUUAAAAAGCUAAUCUUGUUGUAAAUUGUAUAUAAGCAAAUCAGAGAGGGGGAAGGGGGGGGGGGUCAUUCAAAGACAUUACUAAUAUUAUCCUGAGGCCUUAUUCUUUCCUGAGACAAGAAGAGAAGCGUAAGUUACAAGAAGACCCGAGGCCAUGCAUGCAAGAAACUUGGUAAGCCUCUGAGUUAUGAUGAGUUUUAUGCUCUUGAGUGAAUACUGUUCCAUUUCUAACCCAGAUGUGUAUUACAUAACCUUGUACUUAAGAUCAAUAGUCCUGUGGUGUGAACUCAACACAUACAUUAGAAAGGAUUUCAAUAUUGCUAAAAUGAUAAAUAAAAUUCUAAAUUUU